CUUACGCGGCUGCUGCACAUCACUGCGUGGUUCGCAGACUAACCCGGUGGUGCUCGGGAUUUUGUCUUUACUACUGUGGCUGAGGGGAGAAACAAAACGUUUCAGGGGUCGUGUCAGAGCACGGGAGCUUAGCGGUGCCCAGCAUGCAGCAAGCUGCCCCGGUGCCAGGCCAGAAGUGAAGUUGAAGGAAAUCCUGGGUUGGCAGCGAGCAGCCCUCCUUUGGCCUGUGCAUCAUCGGGUUUAGUGUCCCUCACUCAACCUGGGCGUCCUUGAAUAGUAUUUCCUUGUUGAAGUUUAAGAUUUGGGGUUGGGGAGGAGAGUUUAAGCUUCUGUUGUGGCGUCUUUUCAUGGCUGUAAGUAUUUCCAGAUGGGGAUUUAGACACCAGACGUAACAAUAUUUCCAUAUUUGGUAUAGCAGUAGCCUGCAUUUUUCACAUUUUUCUGCUCUGUUAUCCAACCACAAAGCAUUCUUGACAGCUUCAGAUGUUGUUAAAUAUAGCCUUAACUUCUGUUCCCAGGGCAGGAAAUUCUUUGGAAUUCCUGUUUUUCACGCAAUCUGUCUAUCAUGAUUUAGGAGAAUUGCACUGGAGGAGCCAACUGGCAUUAUAGUGCAGUCAGCUUCUUUAUUGAAAAAAGCCCAGCAGUUGAGCCUGCUGCCCAACGGCGUUACCGUAAGUCCCAUUCCAGGGAUUUUUCAUUGCAAAUGAGAUUAUUGUUCCUAACACAAGUUCGGAAUGUUUUUCGGUGGCCUUCGAGGCUGGACGGUGGAGAGGCAGAUUCGGACGUAAGUGUCUGUGUGCGCCGCUCCCAAAGGAUGGGCAGUCAGGGAGGGGGAGCAGCUGCACCCUCUCUGGUCCGAGAAGCGAACCCCAGACGUCUCGUCGCGUGUCUAGUGCCACAGCCGAAAGGGUUACAGGCACAGUCGUUUCACGGGGACCGAGUGGGGACUGUGCACAUGGCUCUGGGUUGAAGCCAUGAAGAGAGUAUUAGGAAGCCUCAACCUCAAUAUAGUAGAGAUGGUAGAUGAAAAUGCAACCUUGGACGGUGGCGACGUCUUAUUUACAGGCAGAGAAUUUUUUGUGGGUCUUUCCAGGCGGACAAAUCAACGUGGUGCAGAAAUUCUGGCUGACACAUUUAAGGAUUAUGCUGUCUCCACAGUCCCUGUUCACGAUUCUUUGCAUCUGAAGAGCUUUUGCAGCAUGGCUGGACCAAACUUGAUUGCUAUUGGAUCAAGUGAAGCUGCACAGAAAGCCCUCAAGACCAUGCAACAGAUGAGUGACCACCGCUAUGACAAGCUGACAGUGCCCGAUGAUGCUGCAGCAAACUGCAUCUACUUAAACAUUCCCAACAAAGGCCAUGUCCUGCUGCACCGAGCUCCUGAGGAGUACCCAGAGAGUGCAAAGGUAUUUGAAAAACUGAAGGACCACAUGCUGAUCCCAAUAGCCAACACAGAACUGGAGAAAGUAGAUGGGUCACUCACCUGUUGCUCUGUGCUUAUUAACAAAACUUCAGAAUUAUGAGUUUACAGAGUCCCUCCCUUGUAACUGGCAAUAAUGUUACACACAAAGGUAGACGAAUCUGUAUCCACACUUACUAUUGUUUUUAUUGACAAUCUACUGUACCACUGUGCUACUAACCUUUGUUUACAAAAUUUUUGCUUUAUGUAUUUUUAUUAUGUCCUUGCAGAUGGUAUUUAAGGUGGAUGUAUGGUUUGUUGAGGGGCCCAUAAUUAAGUAUGGUAGUCCUGAGGGCUAACAGAAAAUAAUUAUAAUCCCUAGCUAUAGUGAUUUAACAUAUCUGUGUGGAAUUUUUUUAUGAAAAAUCAACUCAUUCUCAAGGUUUUAAGCACCUCUGCUGUCUUUAUUUUCUUCUUUUUUUCUCUUUAUCUUUCCCUCUGUCUUCCUUGCUGUGCAUCUUUUUUGCCUGCCUUGGUCCUCUUUCAGGGAUGCGAGAUAGCGGGGGUGACUGAAGAAGGCUCAUGAACUUAGCAUCUUGUGUGAUAGAGAAGCUUUCCAUACACUAGCUGGAACAGUGGGCAAUGGACUGUGCUCACUGUCUAGCCCUAUGACAUUACUGCUUCUGGGCAGAGUUGUGGCUGCAAUGAUUUUCAGGUGCUAGCUGAAAAAUCUUUCUCUGACAGGAGUGCUCAGGGACAAUGUCUGCCUGGGAAAGUUGAAUGACAGAGUGAGUAGUGCAGCCACACAAGAUAAUGUCCUGCAAAUCUGAGACCCAGUUUGCUGCUCGUGUCAUGGUUUCAAUUUGGUGAGAAUGGAAGAGGAGUUUUUAAAAAGGCCAGAUCCCAGGGAGCACCCAGACCACAAAAAUGAAAGUCUGAGAUGCUUUUGGAAAAAUGAAACCUACAAAAGCGAUCUGAAACAUUGGGGGUUUGAUUAGUAGUUUGUUUACUUUUUGAAAUUUAUUAGUCUCUCCUUUCUGUUUUAUCCUCAUUGGGAGGCUACACAACUGACAAAAUUUAAUAUAAAAGACUGAUGGAAGGAGGUGAAGGACAGCUAUUCAUGGAUUAGGCUGGUGAAUAAAGGAAGCUAUUUUUUCCCCUGAAAGAUUGGUAUUUGUAUGUUAUCUGUCCUUGGGGCAGUUUUCCUUGGAACAAUAACCACCUUUUUUUUUCCCAAAUUGUAUGAAUAUUUACUGUGGUAUUCAAUUAAAACAAACAGAAUUUUUGUAGCACAUCCCACAACAUGUUUACCCACUGAAUCACCUUUCUUCAUCACGGUAAAGUGAAGCAUACCCCAUUGUAUUCACUUGUUUCUUGUUAAAUCAUUUGUAAGCCAAGGAAGGGGAAAUUCCCAAACAGGCAGUAGUGGGAACUCUCUGAAGACUGACAAAUAGUCUGAACAUGUUACCAACUUCCUAGACAUCUCCUCCACCUUUCCUGAACUGCUUGUGGCACGUUGCUAAGGUACAGUCGGAAAUGAGCAGGGGAGGCCUAGGCAAUGUGGCCUGCAGGAAAACAAACAAUAUUAACUGGGUGCACACUUGGAUAUUAUUUGGAAACCUGCAUGCUUUUCUGUGCAGUCACAAGGGAGGAGAAACAACGAUUUGCAUCCAUAGGUACUCCUCAGCAUAUCUCUUAUUUCAUCUCAGUAGCUAAUGAAGAGGAAACCUCCUGGCAGUUACAGAACACAUCUGAUGCUUUGUGUUGUGAUAGCACAAGGUAUCGUGAGAGAGAGCAACGAUGACCAAAUAUAGUUAUGUGAAAAGAGUAUGUUCCAAAGGAAGUUUUUAGCCACCCAAAGUGCCCUUUUUAUGGCUGUGUGCUCUCCCAAAGGGUUCUCCUAAUGUUGCCUCUGUCUCCUCCAUUCCCAUGCACCAUCAGUUAGGCCUCACCCAGGUGGUCAGGCUCUAAGGAUGUAAACAUUUGCUCUGGGGAAUGUCUCUUCUACCUUCCCUUAGUGCUUGUAAAAUCUGAUAAAACAUUUUGCAUUUUGAAAUGACUUGACAUUAAACAAAGAUUUUUGUGCCAAAAAGUGCCCCUCCAGUAUUUAACUGAGACCUUCUAGAGGCAAGCUAUACUCUUGUUAAAAGCCUAUGCAGCUGCAGGAGCUGUCACAGAAAACUGAAACAGAAUUUCUCUGACCUGUCCACGCACCUUCUGGGGCUGGGCCUUCAUGUCCUUUAGUCCCUCUUCCUCUCACUAGGGAGCCAGAGCAUCCAGCCACACUGGGAUAGUGUGAGGCUAUGGGAUUUUCGUUCAGUUUCUCUCUCAAACUUCCUGUUGUGUCUUUUUUGGGGUGAUGGGAUGUUUUUUUUUUCCUUCCACACUAUCUCACUUUUUACCUCUUUCUCUUCCUCAGGUGCUUAUUUCUAGUUUAUGGUAUGGUGAGCACUUUUCCCUCUGAAUCCCAAGUGAUUUUUGCCUUCUGUGGCCUCAGCUCUCCUGCUUGAGCUUUCUUUUUCUGUUCUCCUUCCUCUCUGCUGUUCACUCCAGGUAUCCCAACCCAUGGUGAAAUGUCCUAAACUCACUCCCUCCUGAGGCAGGUGCCAGUAGGAAGGAGAAACUGAGUAGUCCACUUUGAGGGAAUUUUUAUGAACUGGAAGGAUGACUGUCAACAGGAGCUAUUGCUCAAAGUGACAAGGGUGACUCCCCUUUAGGAUUACUCCAGAAAAGAGAAACAAUUGCGGUGAACUUUGUUGAUAUCUUGUGUCCCUGAAAGCAAUAGAAUACGUGACGAUGAAUUCCUAUGUCUUCCCAAGGGAACGGGGAGCUGGGAUCUGAGCUGAGAAAUGUCUGUGGUGACAGAGUUCAGUCUCUCACCUGUUGCUAUUUGGAUUUCCUUGGCUUCAAGGCUGCCUUUUGGUAUACAGAAAGAGCAACAGAGUGGCUGUGACCUGCUUUUUCCCCUCAGGUGAUGAUUUUAGGCUUCAAACUGUCUAACUUCAGGCACAGAAUUUAGGUGCUAUAAAUCACUCCUGCUUUCUCUGUCAUUCUCAGUAAGUAUCAUAGCCUACUAACAUAGAUGCUCUAAACUACAUCUUAGUCUUAUGCCAAAAUUCACUUAAGUGGGUUAGUGGAGUUGACCCUGACCGCUGCUUUUAGUGUUAUUUAUUCUGGCAUUAUAAAGCA